ACCGCGGCACGACCGAUGCGCACGCGGCGCCCCGUCCCCGCGUGCGCACGCGCGCCAUGACCCCCAUUGAAUCCAAGCAGCCGGCUCCUCGCUGGUUACGCGAGGGGGACGGGAGAAGGGGAGCCUCCAGCCUCGCCCCAAAUUUAGCCGGACCGGCGCACGAGGCUUCCGGACCCCGACGACAAUGGGAGUUGCUAGCCUCCGUCCGGAACCGUCAGGGCGCCAUUCGCGGCUCGACGGUGCCCUGGCAUUUCAAUCGUCCCCGUGUUCCCCUCCCCCUUUGUUUUGUUGCCUCUCAGACAGCAUCGCCAAGGUGGGCGGGGAGCACGGUCGGCGAACCUGUCGAGGUCAUGGAGAGAUUCAGGGCUUGCUCUUUCUCCACCUGGUUUGCCUCUGGAUACACGUGAAUUGAAAUUGAUCCCACCGUUCUCUUGCCAGAUGAAAUUUAACUAAUAGAAUACCAUGGAGAGACUUGAGGUCGACGGGGACUUUAUUGCUGGUGGCAAUUGGAAGCUACAUGGAGCACUGUGCAACCAACUUUACACAGUAGUCCAUGAAGUUUUGGAUGUCAUUCCUUCCCUUGAGACUACAAGACCAAGAUGCAGUUCUCGACUCCUGGCAUUGAGUUCCUUGAGCAUAGCUGCUGAGAAAGCCAAGAAUUUACUGCAGUAUUGCUCAGAGUGUAGCAAGCUUUACUUGGCUGCUACAGCAGAAUCCGUUCUAAUAAAAUUUGAGAAUUCAAGACAAGCACUUCUGGAAAGUCUCCACCAAGUGGAAGAAACUAUUCCAGAAGCCAUCGGUUCUAAGAUCACUCAGAUUGCACAAGAGCUGGAUAAAGCUGUUUUUGCUUUGGACCAGUCUGAAAAACAAAUUGGUGACGAAGUGAAUCAUCUAAUCCAGAAUGAAUCAAAAUUCAAUGGAUUCCUGGAUGAGAAUGAACUUGAAUUUUUCCGUCAAACUGCUUUCCGGGCUGGUAUUGCAUCAUCUACAGCAGCUCUUACUGAAAGAAGAGCACUUAGGAAGCUGCUUGAGAGAGCCCAUGCGGAGGAGGACUUGGAAAAGGAAUCAAUUGCCGCCUACCUACUUCACCUCAUGAGGAAAUACCGGAACAUAUUUAAGAGUGAAAUAACAGAUAGCACCAACUCCCAGUGCUCAAGCCCAUCUUGUUCCUCCAGCUCACUAUCCAGCUCGAUCGGUCUCCAUCGUUCACUGUCUAGCUCGGUUGAUCUCCAUGGAAAUUGUCAGGCACUUGAUAGGCAACUUCCAAGGGUUGGCUCCUUCAGUUUGAAACGGAUUAAAGGGUUAUCAGGGAGCAUGCCAUUGCCAGCUGAGGAAUUGAGGUGCCCGAUCUCCUUGCAGCUCAUGUAUGAUCCUGUUGUUAUCGCAUCUGGUCAAACAUAUGAACGAGCUUGCAUUGAGAAAUGGUUUGACAGUGGGAACACAACCUGCCCCAAAACCCGCAAACAGUUGCCCCACCUCUCGAUGACACCCAAUUACUGCAUUAAGGGUCUGAUAGCAUCUUGGUGUGAACAGAAUGGGGUUUUAGUUCCCUCAGCACCGCCUGAAUCUCCCAAGCUAAAAUAUUUGAGGAUUUCAUCCCUGAAAAGUAGCACAUGUCUGGUAACAAAUGGCGUUAACACGGUUUUGUUUGAAGACACAAGUGCAAAGGAUGACGCCAAGUCAGACAGUGCAGUUAUUGUGGAGAAAUUCUCUCGACAGAACUCCAGUGAAGCCACAUCCAAAAUUCGCGUAGAUGAAGUCUCUCCAGAGAAGUGGUUUCAUCAGAACUCAGGCGAGGCCACAUCUGAGAUAUGUGAAAUUGAGGACUCUCUGAUGGAAUGCCCUGAUCAGAACUCCAAAGAGACUGUGUCUGAGAUAUGUGAAGAGUGGCUGCAUGUGUUGAGCAAGAACAACAGUGAUUGUAUGAAUGAGCAACAUAAGCUGGUUGAGCAGAUCAGGCUGCUGUUAAAGAAUGACGAUGAACUUAGGGACUAUGCUGGUGCUAAUGGUAUUACCGAACCACUUAUCCAUUUUCUGAAGAUGGCUAUCUUCAGAGAAGAUGUGCAAUCUCAGGAGGUUUGUACAAUGGCUCUGUUCAAUCUUGCUGUCAGCAAUGAUAGGAACAAGAGACAGCUGCUCUCAGCUGGAGUUAUCCCCCUGAUGGAGCAGAUGAUACAGAAACCUGAAACCUGCGAGGCUGCCAUUGCAAUGUACCUGAACCUCUCCUGCAUCUCGGAGGCCCAGUCCAUCAUCGGUUCGAGCGACGCCAUCCCUGUCCUCAUCGAAGGCCUGAGGGAAGACGGCUCCCGCAGCGACACCUGCCGCCUGGACGCGCUCCUCACUCUGUACAACCUCUCCCUGCAUGCGCCGAACGUCCCGCUCCUCAUGGCCUCCGGCAUCAUCGAGAGCCUCCGCAGCGUGCUGGCGCCGUCCUCCUCGUGGACGGACAAGGCUCUCGCCGUGCUGCUGAACCUGGCGCUCACCCGUGUCGGCAAGAUGGAGAUCGCGGCCAACGCGGCGAUCAUGGGCGCCAUCGUGCUCAUCCUGGACAACGGCGAGCCCGUCGAGAUGGAGAAGGCCGUGUCGUGCCUGUACGUGAUCUGCAGCGGCGACGAGGGCAGCAGCCAGACGGUGCUCCAGGAGGGCGUGAUCCCGGCGCUGGUGUCCGUGACGGCCAACGGCACGGCCCGGGCCCGGGACAAGGCGCAGCGGCUGCUGAGGCUGUUCCGGGAGCAGCGGCAGCGGGAGCUGGAGGAGAUGCAGCCCCGUGUACAGCUGCACGAGGUGGCGAGCCAGGCGGCGGCCGCGCAGCAGCAGCAGGCGGAGGAGGAGGAGGAGAUGGUACUGGCCGCGACGCCGGCCGCGGCCGGCAAGGCGAGCAGCAGCAAGAGGCCGCGGCUGCGCAGGUCGGGGUCGAGGAGGUUCACCAAGGCCUUCACCUGCCUGCUCAAGAAGUGGAGCUUCCGCUGAGGAGGAUCGGCAUCUCGGCCGGUGUAAUUGUAAAGUGUACUCUAACCAUAGCACCAUGGUGGCAUGGUGAUUUCUCCCUAACGAAGGAUCGUGUUCG